GCCAAAAUAUUUGCACCUACUCCCUUAGGUGCCCGAAAAGUGGUCCUGGCCACCAACAUUGCCGAGACCUCGUUAACGAUUGACGGAAUAAUCUACGUCAUUGACACUGGUUUCUGCAAGCAGAAUUUCUACAGUUCUCGCACUGGAAUCGAGUCUUUGAUCGUGGUUCCCAUCUCUAAGGCUGCAGCUGACCAACGUGCUGGCCGGUUAGUUGGUUUUUGCCUCUUUGAGGCAGGCGUUCAUUCCUUUACUCAAUAA